AUGCUAUUUAAACAAUGGAAUGAACUUUCAGAGCCACGUAACCAUUUGGAUGCACCAAACUUAGUCAAUAAUACUGAAUCAUUGCAGUUGUUGCCGCUGCCCGACGUGCAUAUCCCCGAUGAGCUAUUUGAAGGUGGCAAUGUGAAAAGGGUUAUUUUGACUACAAAGACCAUGGAUACUUUCUUUCUGUUAGACAAAACUAUGAAGGUCAAAAAGUUGGCUGAUAUUACCUGUAGUCUGGAAAUACCAAAGAACUUACAAACCCAUGAAGCUACACAUACUUGGGAUUUUGGUGAGAACUUUCCAAAUGAGGUUGAACCAUUACAAGACGAGGAACAAAGGACAUUUAGCUUGCGUUUCCCAAUUUAUUUGCUUGAAGAUCAAACACUGUAUGUAUCAAUCGAUGAGAAUUUUCUGACCGUAUCUCCUAUAUUUACAGCCCAAAUUAGUGAUGUAAUAUCGAAGAAGUUAAAUCGCGGUCACGAAAUUGUAAUAUUAGGAUGUUCAGACCGCAUAGAGGAUACUAAGAUCUGUACAAAUAAUAACUGUUCAUUGGUACCUCCUGAAUUUGUAACUGGAUUUCUAGGAAGUUUAAUGAGUGAUUUAACAAAGACAAAUGACCAAUUGUUCACUGCCGCCAUAUUUCCAAGUGAAGGUCCGCAGGGAUUCGAAAAGUUAUCGUCUACAACUGUUGAUAGUAUAAUUGAUUUCUGCUCUCAAUUGGUUAGUACGGACAAGAGCAGAUAUACAGAGGAAUGCUACAAGAGAUGGAAGCGCAAUGCUAGUUCCAAUGGUGCGCAGUCCGGACUUUACUUAUAA